CUUCUUCUAAUCGCCCCGGCCUUUAAAUAACCCGACCAUCACCCAGCUUUGUACUCGCUCCUCUCCUUAUUCUGACGGCCUGCCGCCAUGUCUCUGCUCGAAGAUCUCGUCAACAUCAACCUCUCCGACUCGACUGAAAAAAUCAUCGCCGAGUACAUAUGGAUCGGUGGAUCUGGGAUGGAUAUGAGGAGCAAAGCAAGGACUCUUCCGGGGCCGGUAUCCGAUCCGUCCAGGUUACCCAAGUGGAACUACGAUGGAUCCAGCACUGGCCAGGCUCCAGGAGACGACAGUGAAGUGAUCUUAUAUCCUCAGGCUAUUUUCAAGGAUCCAUUCAGGAGAGGCAACAAUAUCUUGGUUAUGUGCGAUACUUACACGCCUGCUGGGGAGCCGAUUCCUACCAACAAGCGGUUCAACGCGGCCAAGAUCUUCAGCCAUCCAGAUGUCGUCGCCGAGGAACCAUGGUAUGGCAUUGAGCAGGAGUAUACUCUGCUUCAGAAGGAUGUCCAGUGGCCUCUUGGAUGGCCAGUUGGUGGCUACCCAGGCCCUCAGGGCCCGUACUACUGUGGUACUGGAGCUGAUAAGGCAUUUGGCCGUGACAUUGUAAAUUCUCAUUACAAGGCAUGCCUUUAUGCUGGAAUUAACAUAAGUGGAAUCAAUGGUGAAGUUAUGCCCGGGCAGUGGGAGUUUCAAGUGGGUCCUGCCGUUGGAAUUUCUGCAGGUGAUGAGUUAUGGGUGGCCCGCUAUAUUCUUGAGAGGAUUGCCGAAAUUGCAGGAGUUGUUUUGUCCUUUGACCCCAAACCUAUCCAGGGUGAUUGGAAUGGUGCUGGUGCGCAUGCUAACUACAGCACCAAGUCCAUGAGAAGUGAUGGUGGAAUUGAUGUGAUCAAGAAGGCAAUUGAGAAACUUGGCCUGAGGCACAAGGAACAUAUUGCUGCAUAUGGUGAGGGCAAUGAAAGGAGAUUAACAGGUCACCAUGAAACUGCUGAUAUCAACACAUUUUCAUGGGGAGUUGCAAAUCGUGGUGCCUCUGUUCGUGUUGGCCGUGAAACUGAAAAGAAUGGCAAAGGUUACUUUGAGGACAGAAGGCCAGCAUCUAACAUGGAUCCUUAUGUGGUGACCUCAAUGAUUGCGGAGACCACCAUUCUUUGGAAGCCGUGAUGGCCAGCAGACUGACUUAUGCAUACACAAUCUUAAAUGAUUCCUGUCGGACUCGGAUCUAUAUCUUUGUUGAUUGCCUUCUCGUAGUGGUCCUCUACUUCUUAAAAAUUGUUUUGUAAUGCAUCUCAAGAACAUGGAUUGAUGGAUAUUUGUUAUUUGGAAUCAUGAUUCUGUGAUUGCUUGUGUUAUAAAUAAUUAGUAGAAGAACGCUUUAUUGCUACUCAUGCUAAACUAGUAUCAUGAUGGAUUUGUUGCACUUAAA